UCUCGACAGGUGUGAGCGAGGUCAUGAUGACUGCCGUGCCUCCGUCUCCACCUACCUCUGAGCAUCACUGAGGGGCCUUCCUCACGCUCCAUACUAUAGGUACCAUGGUGACCCUGGUAAUGGGUGGUGCGGUGGCGGAGAGAUUCAUCGGGUCAGUCGUAGAAGAGCACAAAUCCAAGUCAACGGGGCCGCACCCGCCAGGCGUCCAGACCAGCAACAACACCGGUGUAGUGCCUGGAGCAUCAGAGUCUUCACUGGAUAGCUACAUCAUCAUAGUAGCUGUGGUCAGUACCAUCUUCCCGCUCAUCUGCCUCAUUCUCAGCCUCGUCAUCGCCAGGCGACUGUGGGUGAAGUACCGCGGGGAAGGCUAUGCCGGAAAGGUGGAGCGGGAGGACACAGCCCAGACCUCCCUCAAGAGCCGCGACGGAGGCUCCAGGAAGUCGUCGCGCGCCUCCCGGGUCACCAAGGACCCCAACAGUAGGGACCAGCUAAUACCGCAGGACAGUAUGAUCACCUCUCCCUCGGAGGGGCCAGUAGAGGAGGAGCGCGAGGAACAAGUGGAGGAAAUUGUCGUAGGAGAAACAGAUGAUGAACCCAACGAGGUGACGUCCAAGGUGUCCGUGUCGAUGAAGAAUCACAACCUGGUGGUGGAGGUAGAGGGCGCCCCCAACAUCCAGGAAUCCCCCUCCAUUACUGAAAACGGCAAGACUCAUCACCUCACCGAGGCACAAGUGGAGCCGCGAGUCUCGACCAUCACCGGGGACAUGCUCAAGACAUUACAUCUGCCCGGCACUGGUGAAAUAGGCAUUAACUCCCUACUUCAGAAAGGAGUAAUAACAGUGUACCUUAAGCGUAGUAAGAGCGAGAGGGUUCGCCCGAGGAACACGACAGAGGAGGGAGUCACAGCUGUGGAGGGUGAAACCGUGGAACACAUAUCCCCACGCCCACAUCACCGCCGACUCUCCAUGGGCCACCACCCACGUUCUCACCACGCCACGCCUCAGCGCCUAACUGUCGAGCCAGAAAAUGGGAACUUCGGCCUCUCCACCUCCGACCUUAGCCUCGACUCCAAUAGCUCCUGCAACCCGAGCUACAAAUAUGGCAACCAGCAGGUGUCGUAUGCGGGAGGGUACUACGGGUACCCAGUGAGUCAAGGGUACCCUGUGACUGACCGAGGGAGCAGACGGAUGCAUUUAGUCGUUCCCAGAGGAAGUGGGGGCGGUGAGGACACCUUGGGUAUACAAAGAGAGAAAGUAGAUCGCAAGACUUCGCUGCCCAACUCCAUUGACAACCAGCAACAACAACAACAACAGCAGCAGCAGCAACAACAACAGCAACAACAACAGCAACAAGCUGAAUCGAAGACAAGCUGUCUGUCCCCGUCGAGGUCGAUGUCCCGUGGGGCACUGAGUAAGCAGUACUCCUUACCAGCCAGUGCCCGUAACACCCGCUACAUGCCCCGUCACCGGCACUCCUUCCGUCACGACCGCCCACAAUACCAGCACCAUGAGCGCGCCUUCGAUCACCCGCACGUUCGCACUCAUUCUGCCUCACUCCACGCCCCUCACGACCACCGCCCACACGUCCCUCGCGAGCUACACUCCCCACGUCACGAGAGCCCUCACCUGCCGCGGGAACUUCACUCACCGCGCCUGGAAAGUCCCCAUCAGCCGCGGGAACUACACUCGCCACGCCUGGAAACCACCGUCGUGACCCCGAUCAUUGUAGACGAGGCACAAGACCAGCCCACGUAGGGACGGAGAGGCCCAGGCGUCCUGUACGUCAUCUAUGAAGUGGAUGAAAACUCAGACAACAAUCCACUCGCCGGAACCAGAAGAUACCUUGAAGAAAUACCAGGGAAUUAUCAUGAAGGAAUUACGGACCAAUAUCACGGUGAAAGUACAGAUGAAUAUUAUGGGGAGAGUGCGGAUGAAUAUUACGAAGAAAGUGCAGACGAAUAUCGCGGGGAAAGUGCAGACGAAUAUUACGGAGAAAGUGAGAGUGAAUAUCACGGAGAAAGUUCGACUGACUAUCAUAAGCAAAAUUCUGAUAAAUAUAGGAGUGAAAGUGAGAGUGAAUUUCGUGGGGAAAGUGAAGAUCAGUAUCAGAAGGAAAGUGCACAUACAUAUCGUAGGGAAAGCACAGAUCAAAACCCUAGGGAAAGCAUUGAUCAAUGUCACGACGAAAAUGUGGAUGACUGCAGUAGAGAAAGUGCCAGUGAGUAUUAUGAGGAAAGUGCCAGUGAGUAUCAUGGCGAAAGUGGAGACGAAUAUUACGGGGACAGUGUGGAUCGAUAUCAUGAGAAAAAUGUUGAUCAAGAUCUCAGGAAAAAUGUGGAUCAGUGUCAUAGAAAAAGCGUGGAUCAACAUGAGGAGAAAGGUGUGGAUCAAUUUCAU